AGCCGAUGUUUAUUCUCCGAGCGCGUGAUGAUUGGAUGAUUGAGCUCGAUACAGAUCAAGGCUUAAUUCGAAAAUCGCAAUAACAUUUGUCCCUGCCCUCAUGCAGCAGUUCUCGCCGUUUUGUAUGCAGCCCACUGAACCGCAUCUUCAGUGGACAUUCUGACUCUUGUAUGAUUUAUGUUUCCUCGGCCGGUAACGAACCGCAUCUUCGCGAAAGCCGUGCAUUUGCCACUAGCUGUAGGUGAGACCGCAUCUCUCACACCCCGCGUUGUUCUUGGGCUGUAGUGUCAUAUCUACCUCUCCAGGCGUGGCGCAUAGCGCUUUUUUCGAUUUGUAGACCCUCGUCGGCACAACUUUUAGAUUGUAGUGUGGCACUUUACUCGAAUUGGCGGCCUCUUCCACCAUUCUUUUUGUGUAUUCACGCGCAAAUAGUUCUUUUAUUUAUUACGACUUGAGCGACUACACGCGCCACAAGUUUUUUGUCGCGAAUUUUAUAUGCUGACGAGGUACCUGGGAACCGCAUCUUCCCGUGCGAGGUUAGACGCAAAUUUAGGCCUUGGCCCCCCCCUUUUGGGACCUGAGGGUGAUCGAAUCUAAUAAUAAUAAAAGGCCCUGCUUGUUCCCUCGCGAGUUUGAAUGUUGAUUUAUUUUUUUUGUUGUUCUGCGAUUAACCCCUUCCCGAUGCCAUUGUUUUGAUGACCGAUUAUUACUUGAGCUGCAUAGCAAGAUGAAUUCGUUCCUUGUGAAAUCACUUUUAAUGUUAAAUACCGGUAAAAAUCCGUCUUACCUCAAUCUAUGAGCUUUUGCACUUCUCCAUUGUAUUUACAAGAAGAAAUAUUCAUUCUGAAGCAAAAACCCAAAUGACGGGCGAGAAGAAGAAGCGGUGGGGUGGUAACAAGAAAAACACUGCGAGCAGUACUCAAGAAAAAACUGGUACGAAUCCAACAGCAGCAACGGCCACUUCACGAGGACAAGGAGCCGCCACCCAGCAUGAUCUUGACAGAAGGCCGCUGGACGAAGAAAUAAGAACAGCGACACAGGACGAAGAUGACGACGGGUUGCACCUCGUGGAAGGGCGACGGACUCAGGGUGCGAACAUUGCUUUGGAGCAAGUCGCGGAGGGGCUGCACCGGAACUUGAAAGCGGGUACUAAUUCGCUGAUGAACGAAAUCAUAACAUCAACGGCGAACCAAAAUAGCAGAAGAAAUAAACAGCAAACAAGUUCUGCGAUAAAAAACGACUCCAACAACUCUUUGCAAGAAUUUCUCUGCCUGAUUCAAAAUGACGAACACACGUUCUGCCUCUCCGAGGCCGUGUGCAAGCGGCAGGACCUGCGGAUUUUCGACAAUUUGAUGCAGGAGCUUUCCUUCCACCAAAUGUGGAUGAGCGGGGGCACCGCGCUCCGCCGCCCGAGCCACGCGGGAACGCAGGAGUUGUUUGAAAAGUCCCCGACCUACGCCGAGGUGGUGCGGUUUCUGGUGAAAAAAUUCAAACUCUCCAACCCCAUCCGGUCGAUCGUGAAUCUGUACCGGGACGGAACCGACUCGACCGGCAUGCACCGGGACCAAUACUUCGGGGAAGCGAAUUUCACGUGCGGGGUGAGCUUCGGGGCGUUGCGGGAACUGGAAUUUUUACAGGAGGUGGAUUACCAGAACAUGAUGCAGCAGCUGAACCAAGGAUAUUAUGGCACAACGUCUGAACAUAUCAAAUGUAAAAAUGUAUGGGUCUGGAAGAAUGCAAGAUUUGUGAUGCAGGUUUUCCAUGACGCAUGAGGUCUGGAAUACGAGACCCAGCAUGACAGAUUCUUUGCGGGCUCUAUCAUGCCUUUCCUGCAUGAGAAACUCCCUCUCAACUUGGUCAAAAGCGGACAGCUUUUGGCACUCAUGCUACACAGAUUUUUGCAUCAUUUAGAUUUAGCAUGACAAGUUCUAACCUUCCAGACCCAGACAUUUUUACAUUUGAUAGAACAAGGAAACAACAAGAAGUUCACGUUUCCGCAGCACAAUGGCGACAUUUUCGCGUUUUCCAACGUGGUCAACUCGCGGUGGCGCCACGCCGUGCCGAAGCUGGUGCCGAAACACAAGUGCGGACCGAGGAUAUCACUCGUGCUGUGGGGCUGCCGGCGGGGGGAGAAUAAGGUUUGGGACUACGAGGAAGCGUGUCGGAUGGAUCCGCUCGGGUUUGAAGUGAAAAUCAUAGACAGUCCACAUUUGAAGUACGAAGACCCAAAGUUGGUGGGUGAUACCAGAGAGGGAAAUAAUGGGAAAAACUACAUCCAAGAUGAAGAAAGAUGGCACUACGGGUGAUGAAAAUGUUGAAUAAUGAGAAGUAAAGCGACUAGUACGAAAACGAAGUUAUGAACCGUUUCUUGAAAGAACCUCUGUUGAGUGAGAUUUUGGGGCACGAGCAUAAGCCUAUGGCGAUUUCAU